AUGCUUCGACGCGCAGUCCCGAGAUCAUUACAGGAUCCUAAAGUCUGGAGGCGCUGUGUGUCGAGCACAAGCGGCAGCCAGAACUCGCUCGCAGCGGCAUAUUACCGCGGGGGCACAUCCCGCGCAGUGUUCUUUAAUCAACAAGAUCUCCCGCAGAACCGCGCGCAAUGGGAUCCCAUUUUCCGGGGCGUAAUCGGCAGCCCUGAUCCAUAUGGUCGCCAGCUAGACGGGCUGGGCGGUGGAAUCUCCAGUCUAUCCAAAGUCUGCGUCGUCGGUGCGUCAACACAUCCCGACGCAGACGUGGACUACACAUUCGCUGCGCUGGGCGUCAAGAACACAGACGUUGACUACUCCAGUAACUGCGGUAACAUGGUCAGCGCAGUUGGUCCCUACGCGGUUGACGCAGGGCUCUUCGAAGCAGGAAAAGAUGCCAACUCUGCCCUCGUGCGCAUCCACAAUACCAACACCGGCAAAAUAAUCAACGCGACGUUUCCUGUUGUUAACGGCGAGGCUGCAGCAGGUGGUGACCUGGCGAUUGACGGUGUCGCUGGGAGCGGCGCGGCUAUUCAACUGGACUUCGUGAACCCGGCGGGUUCGAAGACGGGGAAGCUUCUCCCUACGGGUAUUGUGAAGGAUACGUUCGACGGCGUCGAGGCAACCUGUAUCGAUGUUGCGAAUCCCUGUGUUUUCGUGAAGGCUGAGGAUCUCGGUGUACCCGGUACAUUAACACCGGAUGAGAUCACGAAUACACCUGGUCUUCUCAGGCGUCUUGAUUCGAUUCGACGGCAGGCAGGCGCACGCAUGGGCCUGGCGACUACACCAGAGGGUGUCCCGGGAAGUGUUCCGAAGAUCGGAAUGGUUUCGACACCGAAGAACGACAGUAAAGAUGGGUCCCAAUCCGAGGUGGAUCUGGUGGUUCGGGCCCUCUCGGUGGGCCAGCCGCACAAGGCGGUUCCGAUUACUGUCGCCUUGGCCCUGGCUACAGCGGCGCGUUUGCCGGGGAGUACGGUGGCGGAUGUUACGAACUCGCAGGCUGUUGACUCAGCGGGGAUUACUAUCGGGCACGCGAGUGGAAGUAUUCUUGUUGGGGCUACGUUUGGGGCGGACGGGGGCUUGGAUUAUGCGACUGUCUUUCGCACAGCGAGGCGGUUGUUUGAGGGGAGGAUAUUCUGGAAAUAA